GAAGAUAUAUUUCCUCAUAAAAAAAGAAAUAAAAAAUCACUCGUCUUUCUUAAUUUCUUGCUGAGCUGUCAUUUCACACCUGUUACAGUAAUGCAAUUGCACGUACUAUAUAUAUAGGGGACACCCUCCUCAUCUCAUUCAUCAGGUGCCAAACGGCGGGAAAAAAUCCAUUAUUCUUUUCGCCAUUGAAAUAAAAAAACCCUAAAAAAUCCUUGUUCCCCCAAUAGAGAAGAGUGAGAGAGUGAAGAGAACAAACAAAAAUUCACCUUUUUUCUCUCUCACUCGCAGAUUCCUUUUUCGAUAUGGCCGCUGAUGCAUUUCCUCCGUCGGCCGAUUUAUCGGUCUCGUCGGACGACGGCGGCGACAACAACAACCGCGGCGUGAGGAUGAAUCCGGCGCUGGACGAGCACGACGAGGAUGAAUUUCAGAGGGGGAGAGCUCCUCUCAAGUACGUUCCCCUGUCCGACGUUUACUCCGCCACCGCCCCCUGCGUCACCGCCUCCGGAUCGAAGAAGGUGAAGAAGGCUGCUGCACGCAAACCACCGCAAAUCAACGGCCGCGAUCAAUUGAAUUCUUCCUCGAAGGGCGUGAUGGCUGUGUACGAUCACGUCUACACGAGGCGGCGGAAGAGGAAAAAUGAAAUUUCCACUUUCUGGGAGGGGUUGUGUUUGAAGGGUUUAGAUGUGAAGUCGGAUGAAUUGGGGGUUGAUGGAGGAGUGGAGACUGGGAUUAAGCGUAGGAGAGGGGGGAUUCAUACUGAGUCGGUGAAAUUGGGAGUCGAUUGUAAGUCCUCUAGUAAAUUAGAUGAGGAAUUGGGAGUCGAUUGUAAGUCCUCCAGUAAAUUAGAUGAUCAAAUGCCGUCGCUUGAUAGUGAUGACAAAAUUAAUUCUAGUAAUGUUAGGAAAAAUAGGAGCUUUAAUAGCACCCUUAUUAAUGGGGAGAGCAGGAAGCGAAAAAAUGAUUGCUCGGAAACUGAUGUAAAAAGUUCAGGAGGCGGUCGGACAAAGAAAUGGGUCUGGCUUAGUUUUGAGGGUGCUGAUCCAAAGAAGUUUAUUGGGUUACAAUGCAAGGUCUAUUGGCCCUUGGAUGCAAGGUGGUAUGCUGGCCACAUAGUUGGUUACAAGUCCGAGACUGAGCGGCACCAAGUGAAGUAUGAGGACGGAGAGGAAGAAGAACUGAAUUUAUCAAAUGAACGAAUCAAGUUUCAUGUCUCUCUGAAGGAGAUGCAGGAUUUGAAGUUGAAGUUUCUUGACAAGAGCUCCGAAGUUGAUGGGAUUGAUGUGAAUGAGAUGAUGGUUUUAGCUGCUAGUUUGGAUGAUUGCCCGGAGAUUGAGACGGGGGAUGUGAUAUGGGCAAAACUUGCUGGACAUGCUGUGUGGCCAGCCAUUGUUUUGGACGAAUCUCAUGUGAGUGAACGCAAAGGUCUAAACAAAAUUUCUGGAGAAAAAUCAGUCAUAGUACAAUUCUUUGGUACCCAUGAUUUUGCCAGGGUUGCAAGAAAACAUGUUAUCUCUUUCCUCAAGGGCCUUCUCGCGUCAUGUCAUUCGAAGUGCAAGAAACCAACCUUUAUUCAAGGAUUAGAGGAAGCAAAAAUGUAUCUUAGUGAACAGAAGCUUCCGAAAAGCAUGCUGCAGCUGCGUGAUGGGGUUGAUGCUGAUAUGAAUGAUGGUGGGGAUGAAGAUCAUGAAGAUGGUGCUGAUUCAGGUGAUGAAGAGAGUAUGAACCAGGAUGAGAUAAACAAGAAAAUUGAGGAUCUUAAAAGCUGCCCACUAGAAGAGGGAGAGUUGCAAAUAAUAUCCCUGGGAAAGAUUGUUAAAGAUUCUGGUAAUUUCCAAAAUGAGAGAUUUAUAUGGCCUGAAGGAUAUACUGCUGUGAGGAUGUUUCCUUCAAUAAAAGAUCCAAGUCUGCUUACUUUAUAUAAGAUGGAAGUACUGAGAGAUAUUGACUCGAGGACCAGACCUCUGUUUAGAGUUACGUGUGAUAGUGGAGAAGAGUUUAAUGGACCGACUCCAUCUGUGUGCUGGAAUAAAAUAUACAAAAAGAUUAAGACGGUGCAAAUAAGAAAUCGGGACUACAAAGAUGAUCAGAGUUUUGCAGCUGGUUCUGAUAUGUUUGGUUUUUCCCACCCGAAAGUCUCCAAACUUAUUAAGGAAAUGUCAUGUUCUCGCAAAUCGUCGAAGGCCCAGUCGACGUCUAAGAAAGAUCAAAAACCUACAUGUGACACACUUGUCCAUGUUGAAUGGAGGGACCUUGAUAAGUGCAACGUUUGCCAUAUGGAUGAGGAGUACGAGACCAAUUUAUUUCUUCAGUGUGACAAAUGUAGGAUGAUGGUGCAUGCGAAAUGUUAUGGAGAACUUGAGCCUACUGGUGGUAAUCUAUGGUUAUGCAACUUAUGUCGUCCAGGAGCUCCCGAACCUCCUCCUCGAUGUUGCCUGUGCCCCGUAGUAGGAGGUGCUAUGAAGCCCACCACAGACGAGCGUUGGGCUCAUCUUGCUUGUGCCAUAUGGAUACCAGAAACCUGUUUAUCUGAUGUAAAGAAAAUGGAGCCCAUUGAUGGGGUCGGUAGAGUCAAUAAGGACCGGUGGAAGCUAACAUGUAGCAUCUGUCACAUUCCUCAUGGAGCAUGUAUCCAGUGCUCGAACAAUAAUUGCUAUGUGGCAUACCAUCCUCUCUGUGCUCGUGCUGCUGGCUUUUGCCUUGAGCCUGAGGAUAUGGAUAGGCUGCACUUGGCUCCUUCCGAUGAGGAUGAGGAGGAUCAGUGCAUUCAACUACUUUCUUUCUGCAGGAAACACAGACCCUCAUCUAAUGAGCAUUUGCUUUUUGAGGAGCGAAUUGCACAAAAAGCCUCUGAAAAAGCAGAGUAUAUCCCACCGAUAAAUCCUUCUGGCUGUGCUCGUACUCAGCCUUAUGAUUUUAGCAAUAGACGUGGUAGAAAUGCACCUGAAGUACCUGCUGCUUCAUCAAAGCGUUUGUAUGUCGAGAACCAGCCGUACUUGAUUGGUGGGUGCAGCCCUCGUAUGCCCCUGUGGAACAAAAUGUCCUCAGAUGAGCCUGGUGGUUCUAAAUACUCUGGUCACCUUCUGAAACUACAAAAGUCAAAUCUUGAUCCAUCUGGCAGUAUUCUUUCAGUGGCUGAUAAGUACAAUUACAUGAAGAACACCUUUAAAAAGCGACUGGCAUUUGGAAAGUCUGGUAUACAUGGUUAUGGUGUCUUCACUAAGUUCCCACACAGAGCAGGAGACAUGGUAAUUGAGUAUACUGGCGAACUUAUUCGUGCUACAGUAGCUGACAGAAGAGAGCACAAGAUAUACAAUUCACUAGUGGGUGCUGGUACUUAUAUGUUUCGUAUCGACGAUGAACGUGUCAUAGAUGCAACCAGGGCAGGAAGUAUAGCACAUUUGAUUAACCACUCAUGUGAGCCAAAUUGCUAUUCAAGAGUGAUCAGCGUCAAUGGUGUAGACCACAUCAUCAUAUUUGCUAAACGAGAUAUUAAACAGUGGGAAGAACUCACAUAUGAUUACAGGUUUUUAUCAAUUGACGAGCGGCUAGCCUGUAACUGUGGAUCUUCUAGAUGUCGGGGUGUAGUGAAUGAUGUCGAUGCUGAGGAACGAGUCGCAAAGCUUUAUGUACCCCGUAGUGAACUGAAAGACUGGAAAGGAGAGUAGGAACUGAAGCUCUUCCGUUGAGGGCAUCGUGGAAUUCGAGAUCCAUCAGAAGAUGACUUGUCCUCAGAGGCAGAAAGAGUUUCAUUCUAUUUUUUUUUUUUCUUUUUUGCCCAAUUUGCUACUACAUAUUUUUGAAUUUACCAAAUAAGGGUUUACUAUUUUUAUUGAAUUGUUUAAAGUUAAUUUUCACCAUAGGUUGAGAUUAUGGCGACUUGGCUGAAACUCAGAAUUAUUUUUGUAUUUUUCAUUUUUAUUAUAAAAAAAGACCACAGUUCUGUA